UUGAUUUAUUUUCACAAUUAUAGUAAUCACUUCCUAUCUCCGACGCCACCUUAACUCCGCCGCCUGAGUCCGCCAUUUUACUCCUCCCUUUUCCGAUUGCUCGAGCUCCUCUUCCCCUAAGCCUCAGACCCGCAAGUAUUGCUUGAAAUACAAGAUCGGUAUUGCAUUUUGCGACACGGCGCGUCAUUCAAUCCACAAAGGAUCCAGCUGUAAGUCCUUUGAGCAUUUGCAGUCGGGUUACCUUUUUAAGGUUGUUUUGAUAGGGGAUUCCGGCGUCGAGUUCGCCACCAGAAGUUUGGCCGUCGACGGGAAACUGAUCAAGGCUCAGAUUUGGGACACUGAGGUAUCCAUUUCAACUGACGAGAAACAUGAAAUGCUUUGAGUGGUUACUCGCAUGCUCUCUGAUCACGCUACUUAGUAGUCCAUCAUACAGUUAUGGAAAUGUGAUGAACGAUAAAGUUUUGCGUGUUGGCGAGGAGCUUUUCAAGGAAACGUUGCCGCUACAAAGUGGUGCUCGCCUGUACCACUUGCAAGGAUUAAAACCCCAGACGUGGUAUGAAGUGAAGAUAUCAUAUCCUGCUUCUAUACCCGCCAGUUUUUCUUUGCAACUAGAAAGAGGCACUCCGGAGUUGGGUCUGAAUCAAGGAAGAAAAUUGCUCAAUACUGAGAAGAUAAUUUUCAAGACAGACGGAAUCACCUCACUGAUUGAACGGGGCGAUAUGUCUGUUCUCGUGAACGUGAAACCUGAAGGAGUUGUCGCAAUACCAGGGAAGCAGGAAAUGGAAUAUGUCAUAUUUAAUAUAGUUUGUGACGAACUAUUGCUGGGUAUUCCCCAUGAGGCUUGGUACGUCGUAGUUUUCAUAUUGAUUGGUUUGGUGUUGGCUUUUGUGGUUCCUUCCUAUCUCCCUGCGUUCUUGCUGCCAAAAGAUGGUAGACAACCAUUGUUUGAUCAUACUGUCACCAAGGCUUCAUGAAGCCGUCUCUUUUCAAGAUAAUUUGAUUGAGGUGGAUGAUUUGGCUUCACAUUUUAGCUUAGAUUUAUGCAAAAUAUGUUUUGGAUGUAGUUUGACAUUAAAUAUUUUUUAUUAAAAUAGUCUAUAAUGGGUGGUUUUAUAUUCUA